AUGGCAGUACAAAUCCAAGUGGAGGAGAAAGAAGAUGAUGAUACUGAGGAAAGUUCAAGUGAAGAGGAAGAGGAAGAUGAAGAUAAGUUACCCCGAAGAGAGAGCUUGAGACCUCAGAGGAAACGGAACAGAGAUGUUAUUAGUGAGGACGACCCACCACCUGAACCAGAGGACGAAGAAACGAAAAAGGCCAGAGAAAAAGAGAGGAAGAAGAAGUUGAGGAGAGGAGCGGACGAAGAUGAUGAAAUUGAUGAAGAGGAAUUGGAAAGACUAAAGGCUGAGUUAGAUGAGCAAAGACAAAUGAUUGCUAAUGUCAAAUGCAAGCCUUGGAAAAUGGAGAAGAAAAUCGAAGUUCUCAAGGAAGCAAAAAAAUUUGUGAAUGAAAAUGAAGGAGCUCUUGGGAAAGGAAAAGGAAAACGGUGGUUUGCGUUUAAGAUGAUGAUGGCCAAGAAAUGGGCAAAAUUUCUCAAAGACUUUGAGAUCUUCAAAGCUGCUUGUGUCCCAUGGGAGAAUAAAAUCAAGGCUAUUGAAAGUCAGUUUGGCUCAUCGGUGGCUUCAUAUUUUCUCUUCAUGAGAUGGAUGUAUGGAGUAAACAUGGUUCUCUUUGUCCUGACAUUUAGCCUCAUUAUGUUGCCAGAGUACCUCUGGGGUUUGCCAUAUGGCAGUUUACCUAGAAAAACAGUUCCCAGAGCUGAAGAGGCGUCUGCAGCGAAUUUUGGUGUAUUGUAUGACUUCAACGGCUUGGCGCAAUAUUCCGUCCUCUUUUAUGGCUAUUACGACAAUAAACGCACAAUUGGAUGGAUGAAUUUCAGGUUGCCGCUCUCCUAUUUUCUGGUGGGGAUCAUGUGCAUUGGAUACAGCUUUGUGGUUGUCCUUAAAGAGAUGACAAAAGGUAUUGGUGAUGAUGGGGGUGGCGAUGACAACACUUUCAACUUCAGCUGGAAGGUGUUCACCAGCUGGGACUACCUGAUUGGCAACCCUGAAACAGCAGACAACAAAUUCAAUUCCAUCACAAUGAACUUUAAGGAAGCUAUAAUAGAAGAAAGAGCAGCCCAAGUAGAAGAAAACGUCCACUUAAUUAGAUUCCUGAGGUUCCUUGCUAACUUCUUCGUGUUUCUAACACUUGCCGGGAGUGGAUACCUCAUCUUUUGGGCUGUGAAGCGAUCCCAGGAAUUUGCACAGCAAGAUCCCGACACCCUUGGGUGGUGGGAAAAAAAUGAAAUGAACAUGGUCAUGUCCCUCCUGGGGAUGUUCUGCCCAACAUUGUUUGAUUUGUUUGCUGAAUUGGAAGACUACCACCCCCUCAUUGCUCUGAAAUGGCUACUGCUCCGCAUUUUUGCUCUCCUUCUAGGCAACUUGUAUGUAUUUAUUCUUGCCUUGAUGGAUGAGAUUAACAACAAGAUUGAAGAGGAAAAGCUCAUAAGGGCCAACAUUACCAUCUGGGAAGACAACAUGAUCAAGGCCUACAACGCCUCGCUGCAGUCCCUCACUGGAAACAGCACCGCGGCGCCUUUCUUUGUGCACCCUGCAGAUGUACCUCGGGGACCCUGCUGGGAAACGAUGGUGGGGCAGGAGUUUGUGCGGCUAACCGUUUCCGAUGUUUUGACCACCUAUGUCACAAUCCUGAUCGGGGACUUCCUUCGAGCAUGUUUUGUGAGAUUCUGCAAUUACUGCUGGUGCUGGGAUUUAGAAUAUGUUUAUCCGUCAUACACCGAAUUUGAUAUCAGUGGCAACGUCCUCGCUCUCAUCUUCAACCAAGGCAUGAUCUGGAUGGGCUCUUUCUUUGCUCCCAGCCUCCCGGGCAUCAAUAUCCUUCGACUCCACACAUCCAUGUACUUCCAGGGCUGGGCCGUGAUGUGCUGCAACGUUCCCGAGGCCAGAGUCUUCAAGGCUUCCAGAUCGAAUAAUUUCUACCUGGGCAUGCUCUUGCUCAUCCUCUUCCUGUCCACCAUGCCCGUCCUGUACAUGAUCGUAUCCCUUCCGCCAUCUUUUGACUGUGGCCCUUUCAGUGGCAAAAAUAGGAUGUUUGAAGUCAUUGGAGAGACACUGGAACAUGAUUUCCCGAGCUGGAUGGCAAAGAUCUUGAGACAGCUUACUAACCCUGGGCUGGUCAUCGCUGUGAUUUUGGUGAUGGCUUUGACCAUCUAUUAUCUUAACUCCACUGCAAAGGGCCAGAAGGCCGCAAACCUGGAUCUGCAAAGGAAGAUGAAGCAGCAAGCUUUGGAAAACAAAUUGCGAAACAAGAAAAUGGCAGCUGCGCGAGCAGCUGCAGCUGCUGGUGGUCAGUAACUUUCAAAGAUAUGUUGGGGGUCCAGAAGUACUCCUCG